GUGAAUGGAGAUAGCCAAUGAGCGUUCACAUAAUGGUGAUGAAGAUGGAAUAAUUAUCGUUGGAGAAAGAUGGGCUUGAAAGACCAGAUUGCAUCUCUCAGAUAAUUAGACCGAUACCUUUAUAGUGCAUUUUGUUUUGACUUUCUUUAUCGGAUGCAUUUCGUUGAUUUAACAACCUGAAAUUGUGAAAGGAACCAUUCCACCUGAUAGACAUUUGUAUCUGAAUCCAAAAAUCGUUAUUCGUAUACAAUUUUCCUUAAAAUGACGUGGAAGAUGGAGAACCUGCUAAUUGCCAUAAGUCUCAUUGUGGUGACAUCUUCAGCCAAACAGACAUUCAAAAUAGCAGGCAUUGUGAGUACAGAUCAAAUGGGCAGGGCGCUGGAAGACGCUGUGAGGAUAGCCAAUCAAGACAUGCCAUCAAAUCUUCAACUUCAGGCCCUAUACAUCAAGAUGGACGCAAACCCAAUCCGGUCUGCUUUGAACUUGUGCAGUGAUGUGAUUUCUAAAGGCAUUCAUACGGUGAUCGUUAGUAAGCCCGAGAACUCUGACAUCAGUCCCCCGAUUUCUGUGUCCUAUACUUGCGGCUUCUACUCCAUCCCUGUCAUUGGAAUAUCAGCGAGAGACAGUUCAUUCUCAGAUAUGACAGUCCACAAGACAUUUCUGCGUACCGUGCCCCCCUACUUUCACCAGGCAGACGUUUGGCUGAAGAUGCUGGAGUAUUUUGAUUGGAAUCAAGUUGUCUUCAUCCACAGCAUGGACACAGAAGGACGAAUGAUUCUGAAUAGAUUCCAGUCAAAGGCCGAGGAAAUUAUGAUUGAGAAGGUUAUAAAGUAUCCGUCUGGCUCCAAAGACUAUCAGCCGUACUUACAACAGCUAGACAGUCUGCAGUCCAGAGUGGUACUCUUAUCUGCUACAGAAGAGGAUGCUGACCAGAUUUUCCGAGAUGCGGAGGCUCUGAAUUUGACCGGGGAGGGGUAUGCCUGGAUUGUCAGCGAGCAGGCGCUGACCUCUGCUUCUGUUCCAGAGGGUACCUUGGGUUUGAAGUUACUGCACGGAACCAGCGAGAGAGACCACAUACAGGACUGCGUUAGUCUGAUCAAGCAGACGGUCAAACAGUUGUUUAAUGGGACACUGACACAGAUCACCGAUACCCCCACCAGCUGUAAAAACUCCUCCUCCUCAUGGCAGGCAGGGAACAGCAUUCUACAGGCUUUACUGGCCGCUAAGCUAGAGAACGGUAAUACUGGAAAGGUAGCAUUCGAUUCUGACGGGGACCGCCUUAAUCCUGAUUACUACAUCCAGAAUGUAAAAAUCGAAAACGGUCAAAAGAAGUUGGAAGACAUUGGAUACUAUGUCGACCCCAAGGUAAGCAGUAACGCCUUGGAAAUAAAGGACUCCAAAAUUAUCUGGCCAGGUAAAAAGACAACCAAGCCAAGUGGAAUCAACAUAUCUACAGAGCUAAAGGUUGUCACAUUGGAGUCGGUCCCCUUUGUCUACACAAGAAAAAUGACAGGGAGUGACUCAUGCAACUGGGACAAGAACGAGAGGUUAUGUCCCUUGGUUAAUGAAACCACAGGUAUAAGAGAAGACUAUUGCUGUUGGGGCUACUGUAUAGACAUGCUGAUACAGAUCGCAGACAUGGUCAACUUCACCUACUCCAUCCACCUGGGCUCAAGCGGGGAAUUUGGAUCCUAUAAAAAGGUCAACAAGACGAGUGAGAAGAAGUGGAACGGAGUCAUUGCGGAGCUGAUCAACAAAGAGGCUGACAUGAUCGUGGCCCCCCUGACAAUUAAUCCAGAGAGGGCCGGCCACAUCGACUUCUCCAAACCGUUCAAAUACCAGGGCCUGACCAUCCUAGUCAAAAAGACCGCCACUGAGUCCAAACUGGACUCCUUCCUUCAGCCGUUUGAGGACACGCUGUGGAUCCUGGUGGCGCUCUCUGUCCAUGUGGUGGCCCUGGUCCUCUACCUUCUGGACCGCUUCAGCCCCUUCGGCCGCUUCAAGCUGGCCAAGAACAAUGACACUGAGGAGGACGCCCUCAACCUGUCCAGUGCUAUGUGGUUCGCCUGGGGGGUCCUGCUCAACAGCGGCAUUGGUGAAGGCACCCCCCGGAGUUUCAGUGCCCGGGUCCUGGGGAUGGUGUGGGCGGGGUUCGCGAUGAUCAUCGUGGCGUCCUACACAGCUAACCUGGCCGCCUUCCUAGUGUUGGACAGACCCGAGGCCUCCAUCACAGGAAUAGAUGAUGCCAGACUGAGAAAUCCCAAUGAAGACUUCAAGUAUGCCACGGUCAGGAACAGCGCGGUGGAGAUGUACUUCAAGCGGCAGGUGGAGCUGUCCACCAUGUACCGACAGAUGGAGCCACGCAAUUACAAGACGGCGGAGGAGGCCAUUCAAGACAUUGUCAAUGCGAAUCUACAAGCCUUUAUCUGGGACUCCUCGCGACUUGAGUACGAGGCGGGACAGAACUGUGACCUGAUUACCGUGGGCGACCUGUUUGGGCGGUCAGGUCUAGGGGUAGGGCUACAGAAGAAGAGUCCCUGGACGUCCAAAAUUUCCAUGGCUAUUCUAAAGCUUCAUGAAAAGGGCAAUAUGGAGGAUUUAGACAACAAAUGGAUUUUGGAAGGUAGAAACGACUGUCCUGAAAAAGACACCACACCAGCCACCCUGGGGCUCACCAACAUGGCCAGUGUGUUUCUGAUGGUUGCGGGAGGCAUUAUCGCCGGGAUCAUUCUGAUCGUGAUUGAGAUCGCAUACAAACGACACCGAGGCUUGAAGGACAAGGAGCUGGAGUUGGCCAGGAAUGCAGCCGACCGAUGGAGGGGGAACAUUGAGAAAAGAAGAACAUUAAGGCAGACGUUACAGAGACAGAGAGAAGAACAGGAAAGACUGGCACGACUGGCCACACAAAAGAAGCCUGGGGUGGAGGGCAAUGGCAGUGCCCCGGGGCGAGGGCCUGUGGGGCAGGGCAAUGGCUACAACCUGCCUGUCGACCACCCCCCUCCCCGCGUGGGUCACAGACUGUCUUACACAGAGGCCACAGGGGGACAGAUGUACUCCCCUCCCUCCUACAGAACUGUCACCCACUCGGCCACCAUCAAUAACCCUGUGUACAUGGACAAAAGUGCUGAGGAUAACUAUGUGUAGACAUUAUAGUCAUAUAUGUAUAUGUUUAAAGUGGGCAUUUUAUUGUUAUUGCUAUUAAGCAAAUGUUUGUUCACAUUGUUGAAUGGGCAAAAUUAACAUUUUAAUUAGAAAGAAUCCAGUAUAUGGGCAUAUUUAGUACUAGAUCAGAGCAUUUAAUCUCUACAUCUAUCUGUUUGCCAGUUAUUGUUUAAUUUGCAAGCAAUGUUGAUGUCCUUGGGUAUCUGGUCAAUAUCAACUUUUGAAUAAGCAAGAAACCAGAUAAUGGGCAAAUUUAAUGUACCGGUAUAUACCUGACCAAGGCAUUUGAUCACUAUAUAUAUAUCUGUUCGUUGGGUAGGUUAUUGCAACUGAUUGUUCAUGGCAAUGGGUAAAGUAUACUUUUUAUCUGGGCCUGUUCACUUCUGAAUGGUUAAGAAACCAGAUAAUGCGGAAAUUUGUUAAGUUUAUUUGCAAGUGAUUGUUCAUAGCAAUGGGCAAAGUUGCUCUAUUGUACAGUCAAAAUUAUCUUAAAAAUUAACAAGAAACCAAAUGAUAGGCAAAUUUUACUGCUGAAUCUGAAUAUUUAUUGAAUCUUUAGAUUUAUCUGCCUGUUGGACAAGUAGUUCUGCAAUUAGCAAGUAAUUGAUCCAUCCUGUCAGGGGGCUGUUGAAGUAUACUUAUUGUAUGGGCAAACAUUAACUUUAAAAUGGGGAAGAAAACAGAUAAUGGGCAAUUUUACUGCUGAACUUGAGUAGUGAUGCUCUACAUUCAUUUGUGAUUGGCAAGUUACUGUAAACUUAUUGUAUUUGGCGUGUACGAUAUCUGGCGGAAAUUAGUUUUUGAACAAUUUGACAUAGAUUUGAAAAAGCGUAUUCAAGAAUAUGACUAAUCUUAUACAUAUAUGCAUGGCAUUUGACGAUGUACUUGAUUUAGCAGAAGCCGCAUUCAGCCAAAAGCUCUAAAAGAAUACACAGUCAAAUAUAGUACACUUAUAGUAUUCUGUAGCUCAAGGGAAGAGGCAAGCUAGACUUGUGAUGUGGGCAAAAUUAGCUUUAGAAUGGUCAGGUAAGGUGAUACUGUAAAUUUCUUAUUAAUCACUAGGAAUGAAUUUCUGCCUAAAAUUGCGAGAAGUAGUCAUCGCGGAUUUCAAAUUCUCGCCCUUUUUUCUGACAGUUUUGAGCUAUAUGAAAUCAUUACGAAAAAUUGAUAAUCGCGAAUUUGUAUUCUUGUGAUUUGAUGCAAAACAGUAGUACGUGUGUAAAAUAAGAAAUUUACAGUAAUUGGCAAUUUAUUUUAAUGAACCCAACCCUGAGACAAGGAACAAAUUUAGAAAUUGAGCAUUGGGUCACUACAUUGUUUUGUCUGUAAGAGUUUAAUAUCUGUUUUAGAGUUAGAUGGUGCUGAUACCUGUUGUUUGUCUUUUGUAUAAUGAUACUCAUGAUGCUAUACAUUAAUUGGGGUUUGUUUUUAAUAUAGAGAGAUUUAAUAAGAAGUUAUAUAAACCUGUAAAUAGAUGCAGGUAAAUGUAUUUUCUCCAUCAAUAUCUUAUUCACUUUUUUAUUGGCACCUGUUUUCAGGAUCAUUCAUU